AUGGAAGAAGUCAACAAGGUGUUCAAUAUGUUUCCCUUCCUUUGGUUCCUACCAGGAAAUCACAAGACUGUCUUUAAUAAUCUGGAAGAACUGUACUCCUUUAUUCAGCAGACUUUCAUCAAACACCUGAAGCAAUUAGAUCCCAAUGACCAGAGAAGUUUCAUUGAUACCUUUCUCAUCAGGCAGCAGGAGGAAAUAUCUAAUCCCAAUUCCCAUUUCAAAAAUGAGAAUUUGCAAAGCCUGGUGAGUAAUCUGUUCAGGGCUGGGAUGGAAACAACUUCCACCACACUCCGCUGGGGCCUUUUGCUUAUGAUGAAAUACCCAGCCAUUCAGAAAAAAGUCCAAGAGAUCGAAAGAGUUAUAGGAUCUGCCCAGCUUCGUUAUGAACAUCGGACACAAAUGCCAUAUACGGACACAGUCAUCCAUGAAAUUCAGAGGUUUGCUAAUAUCUUGCCAAUGAGCUUAGCUCAUGAGACUAUUGAGGAUGUCAGAUUUAAUGGCUAUGUUAUUCCUAAAGUAAGUUUUUAAGAGGGACUUUAAUUA